UCACUUCCUUAAAUAAGCAAAACUCGAUUUGCUCAGAAUCUUCAAAAAAAAAAAAAAAAACAUACGGGCAUCCGAUUCACGCUGUCCAAAUCGAGGUAUCGAGGCAGUCCUUUGGGAUGAAGGGGAUUCGCGCGCUCUGACUCGGCGAAGGCGAAGGCGAAGAUGAGCGGCGGCAACGAGUUCCGGUUCUUCUUGUCGUGCGACAUCAAUCUACCCGUCACCUUCCGAGUCGAGAACUUGGAGGGCGCUUUGCCCGCUAAGCACUCUCCAAACUCAGAGAUUGAUCAUACUGCAGACGAGAGACAGUCGGAGCUGUUCGUUGAGUGCUCACUGUACAUUGAUGGUGCCCCUUUCGGUCUUCCCACUAGAACAAGCAAACAUGCUGAGGAAAUAAAGUUGGAAUCUGCAGGGCCACCAUACUGUUGGAAUGAACUCAUCACGCUGAGUACGAAAUAUAGAGACUUAACUGCUCACUCACAACUUGCUUUGACGGUCUGGGAUGUUUCUUGUGGGAAAGAGGAGGGAUUGAUUGGUGGGGCUACAAUUCUUCUAUUUAGCGGCAAAAAGCAGCUCAAAACAGGGAAGCAGAAGCUUAGACUCUGGCAAGGAAAGGAAGCUGAUGGCUCAUUUCCAACAACUACGCCUGGCAAGGUCCCUAAGCAUGAGCGUGGUGAGUUGGAGCGAUUAGAAAAGCUUAUGAAUAAGUACGAAAGAGGACAGAUUCAACGCAUUGAUUGGCUGGACCGUCUUGCAUUCAACGCUAUGGACAAGGUCAAGGAACGGGAGAGCAAUAAAGCUGGAAAUUCUCACUUAUACCUGGUUGUUGACUUCUGUAGCUUUGAACAUCGAGUUGUUUUCCAGGAAUCUGGAGCAAAUUUCUUACCUCCUCCAAUAGUUUCAACAAAUGAACUUGUCAUUGUGUGGGACCCUGAAGUGGGAAAAAUAAAUCCAUCUGAGCACAAGCAACUAAAGCUAGCGAGGAGUUUAACCCGUGGCAUUAUCGACAAGGAUCUUAAACCAAGCAUUACCGAGAGGAAGUCAAUACAAAGAAUACUCAAAUAUCCCCCUACAAGGUUUUUAAGUGGAGAUGAGAGGCAGCUCCUUUGGAAAUUCCGUUUUUCUUUGAUGUCUGAGAAGAGAGCUCUCACAAAGUUCCUUCGAUGUGUUGAAUGGAGUGAUGUUCAGGAAGCUAAGCAGGCAUUAGAAUUAAUGGGAAGAUGGGAAACCAUUGAUGUGUGCGAUGCUCUGGAGCUUUUAUCUCCUGUAUUUGAAAAAGAGGAGGUUCGCGCAUAUGCAGUUAGUGUGCUUGAAAGGGCCGAUGAUGAAGAGCUGCAGUGCUACUUGCUUCAGUUGGUGCAGGCUCUACGCUUUGAACGAUCUGAUAAAUCUCGCCUUUGUCAGUUUCUUGUGCAACGAUCAUUGCGUAACAUCGAGCUUGCCAGCUUUCUUCGGUGGUAUGUUGCUGUGGAACUUUAUGACCCUGCAUUUGCCAAACGCUACUACUUCACUUAUGAGAUCUUGGAAGAGAAUAUGAUGAAGUUGGCAUCUGGUGUCAAUGGAAAUGAUGAUGGAUUCAAACUUUGGCAAAGUUUGGUGCGUCAGACAGAGUUGACUGCUCAGUUGUGUUCCAUAAUGAGAGAUGUUAGAAAUGUACGUGGCAAUACCCAGAAAAAGAUUGAGAAGCUUAGACAGCUUCUUUCUGGUCUUUUAAGCGAGCUUACAUAUUUUGAGGAGCCGAUACGUUCACCACUCUCUCCUGGUAUCCUCAUCACCGGUCUCGAGCCUGCAGAGUCAUCAAUAUUCAAAAGUGCACUUCAUCCUUUGCGUCUUACUUUUCGAACAGCCAGCGGUGGAAGUUGCAAGAUCAUAUUCAAGAAGGGAGAUGACAUUCGACAAGAUCAGUUGGUGGUCCAAAUGGUCUCUCUCAUGGAUCGAUUGCUGAAGGCGGAAAAUCUAGAUCUGUGCUUGACUCCAUAUAAGGUGCUUGCCACUGGCCAAGAUGAAGGCAUGUUGGAAUUUAUACCAUCUCGGUCUUUGGCACAGAUUCUCUCAGAGCAUAGAAGCAUCAUAAGUUAUCUACAGAAGUUUCAUCCUGAUGAGCAUGGACCAUUUGGAAUUACAGCUACAUGUCUUGAUACGUUUAUUAAGAGCUGUGCUGGGUACUCUGUUAUUACAUAUAUACUCGGCAUUGGAGACAGACACCUGGACAACCUUCUUCUCAGGGAUGAUGGACGUCUUUUCCACGUGGACUUUGGUUUUAUUCUUGGCCGAGAUCCUAAGCCAUUUCCACCCCCAAUGAAACUCUGCAAAGAAAUGGUUGAAGCUAUGGGUGGAACAGAAAGCCAGUACUAUACGAGAUUCAAGACAUAUUGUUGUGAAGCAUACAACAUUCUUCGGAAAUCAAGUAACCUAAUUUUGAACCUUUUCCAUCUGAUGGCGGGUUCCAACAUCCCUGACAUUGCUUCCGAUCCUGAAAAAGGAAUCCUUAAGCUUCAGGAGAAGUUCAAUUUGGACCUGGACGAUGAAGCCUGCAUACAUUUCUUUCAGGGUCUUAUUACAGAUAGUGUUAAUGCAUUGUUCCCUCAAAUGGUGGAAACUAUUCAUCGGUGGGCUCAGUAUUGGCGAUGAUUCAGAAAUGUAUCUGGAGCUUCAAAUUUGAAGAUUCAGAGCUGGUGCCUCGCUAGUAUCCAGGCCAAAAGUUGAUGGGUAUUUUAGCGUAAGUAUAAUUGACACUAGUAUCUGGGUCCCUGAUCCUGCUAGGGUUUUAGACACAUGCAAGUACCAAAUCCGGAGGUAGAAGUUUGAUCUCGGCCAAUCAAACUCGCUCGAGAGCAGUGGUUGCAUUCUGUUGCAGCAGAAAUCAAGGGUGCUCAAGGAAAGAGGCAGGGGAAAAUUCUAUUUGUCCCCCACUUUGUAAGAUGUGUUUAUAUGUAACGAGGAUCUUGUCUUCCCCCUGGUUCUCUCUUCCCCUUGUUCCUGCUUGGAUUCGAGCAUGUAGGUUGCUUGGGAGCUUAGAAAUGAUUAAUUAUCUGUACAUAGUUGUCAUGCUUUAACGAAGGUAAUCAAAUCAGAUUACUUUGCA